AUGUCGCCAGACGACUCGCCUUGCGCGAAAUGCUCGCCGCCCCCAAGCAUAACCAUCUCAGACCUCCCUCCCCUCCCUCCCGAAAUCAUCUCUAUGAUCUUCCGUCACUUCUUCUUCCUCAAUCACCGGUACUGCAAUCGCCACCAUAUCCAGUUCAUGCGCCUCUCCCGAGCCUUCUACGCCCAUCACGCCAGGAAGCUAUACGAGCAGGUCGAGAUCGACGACGCAAAUUGCGAUAGCUUUCUGGAGGGGAUAUGGAAGCAUACAUCGCCAAUAUCCCGACGCGAUCCUCUGUCGUUUGGCGGGUGUAUUCUGCUAUCCGGGACCGAUGGGAGACCUGUUUGGCCGAGUAGCCUCCACAAGCAGUUGUACUCUUACUGCCCCUCUCAGCCCGGCGGGGCAGGCGAGCCAUUGCUCUAUGUCUCGCCAGGCUCCCAGACAGGGGGUCAUGCUGUGGUACCUUUCAGUCUUGACCCAUUCAUUCGCAAGAUACUCCUUCUACGACAGUGCCGCAAAAUCAGUAUCAACAGCCGCGGCGCUCUCGACUUGCUACGUCACGCCGGCGGCCACGUCCAAAUGAGGAUCAGCACGCUGCCAAAGGUGGUCGGGGUAUGGAAGAAGGAGCGUUUCCCUGUCAUGAGCUGGCUGAAAGAGCCAUUGCUCUCUUCUGUUUCCCAUGUGGCGCUCGGGCGAAUUUCCAAGUCGCUCACCUAUCCUGCGCCAGUGGACUCGCCUCUGUUUGGACCAGAGCUCAAGCAUAUAUGCGUGAGCCCUUCCAGAGGAUUCUACGAGAAUUACCCCAACGCCUUCUGGGUACCUCUGCGUCGCCAAAUCGUCACGAGCUUCAUUCAACAAGCGCCCUCUUUUGCUACUGGUCCCAACAAGGACAACUUGACCUCCUUCACUCUCCAUCAGAACGCCAAGCCUGGGAGUACCCGCGAUUCACUAGCUGAUACCAUGAUAUACGACUUGCCCAGGAAGAGAGCGUUGCGCAGGUGGAAAGUGCAGUGGCCAGAGGUCAAGUCGGGCCUGAAGGGCAAUUGGACGCCGGGGAAGAAACCAUGGCGAAUCCGGGUCAGAAAUAUGGCUCCCCACCCUCCCGACGCCGAUGUCCCGAAAAUCAUCUUGAAGGCCUUUGCACGGGAAAACGAAGCGUUGGAUGAGGAGUGCGAGGCGCUUUUCAGAAAGUGGUUUGGCGAAACGGUCAGCUUUGAGGAGGCGCGUGUUUGUGAUUGCUGUGGCGUGUUUCAGAAAUUAGAGGAGGCUGCUCCUCUUCCAGAGAAGAAGGAGAAGAAAAAGAAGAAAGAGCGGAAGAAGGAGAAAAGGAAGAAGAAGCCAGUGGACAUCAAAAACGCCAAGGACAGCAAGAAGAAGCAGCAUAAAGAUUCUCGCAAGGGUAGACGCAAUUACGAUGGGCGAUGA